CCUUUUUUUUUUCUAUUUAAAUAGAAGGCUUGUUAGUAAUGUUGAUCUUGUUCUUGUCGUUGUUGUUGUUCUUCGUCUUCUUCAUCUAUCUUCCUGUUUAUUGUUUACCAGUUGCUUAAUUUCUUCUUUUCGGUGUUCCUGUAAGUCUGCUACUGGAUAGAUAAAAGAUUUUGGCCAGAAGAACGUUAACAGAGGGAAGAAAUGAAUACUUGUGGUGGAUCAACUAAACCCGACCGUAAGACUAUUGAGAGGAAUAGAAGAAUUCACAUGAAACGCCUCUGCUUCAAGCUUGAUGCUCUCAUCCCCAAGCACCAGAACGUCUAUAGGAGUUGUAUUUGUCAUCACCCCCUGUGGAGAUCUUCUUCGAUGAAGGAUGCAACCAAUCAAAGAGAUCGGUUGGAUCGUGCCGCCAGUUAUAUAAUGCAAUUACGUGAAAGAAUAGAAGAACUGAAAGAAAGGAGGCAAUUAGUAAUGUGUAUAAAAGGAAUUAAUAGAAAUAUGAGAGAUUCCAUGAAAAUCGAUGAUGUGGGAUUGCCUGUGCUUGAACUUAGAGACUCGGGUCCUAAUCUUGAGGUAGUUUUGAUUAGCGGGUUGAAUAAAAGCUUCACGUUUUAUGAAAUAAUUUGUGUUCUUGAGGAAGAAGGAGCUGAAGUCGUCAAUGCCAGUUUCGCUUGUGUGGGAGAUAGGAUCUUCCACACAAUUCAUGCUCAGGUCAAGUGCUCUAGAGUUGGUAUCGAAACUUCAACAGUAAGUGAAAGGUUGAAGGAGGUGGUUCAUUCCAUGAAUCCAACAUCAUUUGCCUCUGGUAGCAGGAUGGGAGGAGAGUCGGGAGACAUACAAGAUGAUCAACCAAUACGAAUUAACUAGCAAGUUUGAUGUGAUUAUGGAGCUAAUUAAGUAGCAUGGCGAUUACAGACUGUACUGAGUUUCUUCCCCGUUAGAAAGUUGUUCAGGAACCGUAUCAGUGUCAGUCGUCUGGUCUUUCAGAUGAUUGUCAACAACUUUAGUAAUAUAGAAUAUAUACCAAACGGGUCAAAGUCGUCGCCUGGAUUAAAUGAUAAAUGAAUAAAAACAACAUAUAAUCGAUUUCUGAUUUC